CGUUCUAUGGAUAUGAAUUGUGUGUAUUGUUGAAGGAACAUCACACUGGCGCCAACAAGACCCCGGGAGGGCAUAAAUGAAGAUGUUCAUGUGGUGAUGAAUACAGGAUACGACGAUAAUCAAUCUGUCAAGGUGCUUGGCACGGUUUCUACCGGCAUCCAGUAGAGUUAUGAGCAGAAUACACUUUACAUUUUAGCGGACCUGCGGCCCACUCCAAAAGGAUGUCAGCGAUAUGGGAGCUCUACCAUCGGCGGUGCCAAGACAUUGCGUCUACACACAAGCAUCCGAGAAUAGGUAGUUGCACAAUCCACUCUGAUGGUCUGAUAUUGCUACGCCAUUAUGGCGAAUAAACGUCGGGUACCCUGCAAUUACUCCCGCACUGUCAAGGUUUGCGACCAUGAAAGGCGGUGUUGAACUCGAUAUGGCAUUUAUGGACUCACAAACCUGCAUAACAUCGUAAAGGGUGGGGUGUCGACCGGAAAGAGUGGGAGAAAUGGCCCUAGUUAUUACAGUCGUUCUCACUUCACUUGUCAGUCGGACAUGCAUCCGACGAGAACCCCAGUCCAAGAGCUCAAAAGAAACACUUCCAUUUCUAUUUGUUCACCCCUACCACGGUCUCCCGGGGGUGAGCCUCGAUCUAUUUUUGUACGGCACACCAAUAUCUUCGGUAAAAUGUGAUGCGUAUUGACCGGACGAAGGCGGAGUUUGGUUCGCAAUUUCUUUUAAACCGUUUACGUUGAUGGUAUAUUGGCCAUACUAGCCGCCUCCAUGUGGAAGUCGAUUUUACUGCUCUGAUAUUUCCUACCAGUUAUUAUUGCUAUCUGUUCGCUGUAAUUACUAAUACUAUCUGGUAGGGUGCGGAGUGACUAGCGCAGAAGAACCGUUUACGGUCUCAGCGCCAAUUCGACCUUUGCGAUGAACUAAAAAAGAAUCCUUUUACUAUUUCCGAGUAAAACUUUCGGCACAAAACUAGUUAAGAGACAUAAGUAUUCAAUGGCGGCUGCUCGCAUCGGCCGCCGAGCUCCGUUCUGAAACAAGGCGACCGGGAACUUUCCACCAAAGGACCAAAACAAUGGUUGAAUCUCACAAGCUGUAAUUUGAAGUUACGGAUCCGCUUGAGCUGGAAUGGAUGCUUUAGUCGGUCAAAAAGGCCAGCACGACGAUUGCAAACGGAUGGUAUUAAAUCCGAAAGCGGCGAUUGAUUGUGAAGCGCACCUUUUUAAACGAAAGAAGCCUGAAGGAACUGGUUUCCGAUUGCGUCAGUGAACACGAGGGCACAUCCGACAGGACAUGCUUUAUUUUUAAUGAACACGGAUUUCAAUAUAUAUGUUUCGAAGCUAAGUUGAUGAGACACUUAGGAAUAGGGCUCAAAGUCUAUUUUUAUCCUCCCUCGGCCAGGUCCCGGUGCCGAUCGCGAAAUCCUCUCCUCUUUUGCACAAUCUAAGGUCCUCAGCGGGGUUCGUUAGUUAGAAAUCCGAGCGCUCUCGUUUACCCAUGAAAGCAUCCUUUGGACACGUUGGCUUUAGUCAUGGUUGUUUAAUUUCAUCCGCUGACAACUUCGUCUUCUGCGGUGUAUACUCAUGGAUCUCCCAAUCUGUUCGUUUACGCGAAGCAGCCUUGCUUCUAGCCUACGAAUGUAACCGUGCUUCGCUAUCGUCCGUUCAUGGAAGCGCAGAGAUCUGUGAUGGAAGCCCUUAACGUUAUGGAUCAUGCGGACCAUUGAUAUCAUGUAUCCGACGAGAGUACUCAAAGUUGGCGGACUUUGGAAGGGUACAUAGGAUGCCGUUAACCGCUUUGAUUAACAAAAGUGCCAUUUCUGAGACCAUUAUGAGAUGCACAUUCAUGGGGAACAACUCACUCUGCCCUAUGAGACAACACGGCUUAAUGCAGAUAUCGUUAAAUAAGCAAGCACACCAGGCCGUAUAUAAGACCCUCUGGUUCUGCGGCUGACGGUCGAAGGCAACCUUCAGACACUUUGCCCCGUAUCCGGACCUGAAGCCUUGUUAUGUUCGACACGCGUUUACUGUACUGCCUCAUAGUUGCGUCAGCGGCUAUUGCGGCCCCUGCCAUAAGCAGCAGUGAAACCGCUGUCUCCCCGUCCUCUGCAGUCUCGCCCAGUCCUUCCGUCUCUUCUAUCGCCACUUCUGCUAUUUCUACCGUACUCCCCUCGCCAUCGGUGUCCGAAUCUCCUGCAGGGCAUUCAUCUAGUGGCUCAGCUGUCUCAACCGCUCCGUCAGAAGCGCAGACUGUUGCCCCGGCCAGCGACAACCCGAAUACACAAGUUUUUCCACAGGAUACGAAUGAAACACCUGAGGCAGUCAAUGGACCCCUUGGAGCUACUAUUAUCUUCCCGGACAACACUGUUAUCGAUCAGCAAAACCCCGAUGCGCUUGCACCACCUUCGACCGACCAUGGUUCAGUAGGAAAUGCAAAGUGGCCUUUCGCCUUGAGUCAUAACCGGCUUCAAACAGGUGGUUGGGCUCGACAACAAAACCUGGAUGUAAUGCCUCUUGCCACUAACAUGGCAUCUGUCAACAUGCGCCUCGAAGCAGGCGCCGUUCGUGAACUUCAUUGGCAUAAGACAGCGGAAUGGGCUUACAUCCUAAAGGGAAGCACUAUGGUCACCGCAGUCAAUACUGAUGGACAGGUAUUUUCCGACACAGUGAAUCCAGGUGACCUCUGGUACUUUCCUGCAGGCAUUCCUCAUUCCCUUCAAGCAACCGACGAUGACCCUGACGGUACCGAGUUUCUCUUGGUAUUUGAUGAUGGUUCUUUUAGCGAAGACUCGACGUUCCUUUUGACGGACUGGACCGCCCACAUACCAAAGGAAGUUUUAGCGAAAAAUUUCAAGGUCAAUGUGUCUGCAUUCGAUCAUAUCCCAUCUCAGGAGUUAUACAUCUUCCCAGAUACUCCGCCUUCGAAAAAUGAGAAGUCACCCGCAAGCCCUGCAGGAACUGUCCCCAACCCUUUUACGUUCCACCUCUCGCAAGUUGCAGCAACUCCACUGGCAGGUGGUUCCUGGAAGGUCUUUGAUACGACUAACUUCCCUGUCGCGAACACUAUCGUCGGCGCCCUUGUCUCGGUUGAGCCCGGAGCAAUGAGAGAACUUCAUUGGCAUCCAACUCAACCUGAAUGGAGUUAUUUCAUUACUGGAACGGCCCGCAUGACCCUCUUCGCCGCUCAAUCCAACGCGCGCACAUUCGAUUAUCAGGCUGGCGAUAUUGGGUAUGUUCCGCCCUCUUUUGGGCAUUAUAUCGAGAACACAGGCAACACGACCCUUCAAUAUCUAGAGCUCUUCAACUCCGACCGGGUGGAAGAUAUCAGUUUAGCACAAUGGCUAGCACUCACUCCGCCUGACUUAGUCAAAGCUCAUCUUGACCUUGAUGAUGCAACGAUUGCCAGCUUAAACAAGACGAAACAGGUUGUCGUUGGCCCAUCCUAAUUACCUCCGCGGAUUUCUCGGUGUCGAGUAUAUGAAAGUAAUGACCCGAAGUGUCGAUUUUGAUGCCUCGUUCAUGAUUGUAAUGUAGUCGAAGUAUCCAGUCAAAAAUGAACGGGAAGUUCCAUUUGACGUUGUGAGAUUGCGCUCAACUUUUUCUCCCUUUCGAAAAAGAAAAAAGUCAUUCGAGUGAACUGUGUGAAUUCCUUUUAAAACGUCAAGUGAGUUCUGACGGGGAAUAGGAGAUAGGAGAUCUGAGAAAAAAAAUUGGAAGCAGGUAGCUACUGCAUCCGGUGACUCGCUUCGGUGAGCAUCGUAGUUGACCUAGGACACAGGCACUGGCGGCGCCCCACAUUUAGUCGGUCAAUCCGGCCUUCCCAUCGACUAGCGGAUAAUUCCCUAACAUUCGGUCAAGAGACGUAUUCAUCGGCACAUUGCAAUUGCCAAACAGCGGUUCGCGAAAACGCUGCGCCUUUCAUCGGUGUGAGCAAGCCGUUUUCGGAACACCGAAUGUGAACCGAACAUCUUGAAACAAUUGACCCCCUAAUAUUUUCCGCAUGCCGUCACCGGCUGAGCUCCGUGAUCGCACUCCAUCCGGGGAGCUACGACGGUCAACUUAGAUAACCUCCGACUCACGAUUGACACCUUCCCGCUGUCCCUGAAAGCUCCUGACCACACCUCGAAAUGCCGAUCGUAUUGUCGCGAAACCCCUCGCGCGCAAAUUUCCGCUUCCCGGGUGUAAGGUGGGUUCAACGCUCCCCUCAGUUGCUCCGAGCUUGCUCCAGACCAAUACACUACUGACAAGACUGUGCAUCUUUCUUUCAGAUGGGCUGCGAAGAUGCAGCUCCGCCAACAAUCAGGAAUAGACCAUACCACGAAUAGGAUAGAACCAGACUCGUUGGCAUUUUUAGCUGUUCCAAAUGCAUCUACGAUAAGCGAAGAUGUCUUCUGAAAGCUCUACAACAACACAAGGAGAGAAAGCAUAUGAUCAGUAUUCCGACCUAGGUAUGCAAGCAAAGUUCGCGGGCGCACGGUUAUAUCCUUCAAAUCUAUUUUCAUUCUACGAAGUCCACAAAUCUAUUCGGUCCAACACCCCAAGGUUCCCCAGAGGCAUGCAAAGUGUGAAUCGUCCGCCGACCGGCACAGAACAACCAAGGCUUCGGAACCAAUCGCAUGUGCACGAGAUGUAAUUGCUGACCAGACAUGACCGGAGAAGUAGGGCAGGGGAAGAGACACGAACGAUAGAGUCGCCAAAUUUUGACUGCUGAGUACCACAAUCGACCUUAAGCAA